AGGGGACAAGCGAAGAAGUGGGGAUUGGAGGCUCGCCCAGCACACAGAGCUAUAUCAUAGCGUUUACAGCCAGCAGCCAACGUCAUUUCAACUCCAUCAUCAGAAGUCUCUGUACGCCAGUGGGCACGGCACGGCUAGCUCACAGACACACAUGCUUCAGUCCUUGACAGGAGCGCAAGCUGACGACCCGAGUUGUAGUGGUUCCAAAUAGCAACGCCGUUCCGUGGCCGUUUUGUUUGUGCCGAGGAGCCGUUGCCUUUUCUUCUUCCUCGAAGAAUCGGUUUAAGAAUUGGGGGAAACUUCCAUGAUGCUCGGAGCAGUCAAAAUGGAAGGACACGAGCACGCAGACUGGAGCACUUACUACGCUGAGCCCGAGUGCUACACAUCGGUUGGCAACAUGAACGCGGGACUUGGGAUGAAUUCCAUGAACACUUAUAUGACCAUGUCUGGAAUGAGCACGACAGCGAACAUGACAGCAAACUCCAUGAACAUGUCCUAUGUUAACACGGGGAUGAGUCCCUCUAUGACGGGCAUGUCACCGGGCCCUGCGGCGAUGGGUGGCAUGGGGGCCGGCAUGGCUGGCAUGGGUGCCGCGCUGAGUCCCAGCAUGAGCCCCAUGGGCGGACAGCCCCCGUCUAUGAACGCCUUAACAUCCUACACCAACAUGAACGCCAUGAGCCCCAUGUAUGGACAGUCCAACAUUAACAGAUCACGGGACCCGAAGACGUACAGAAGGAGCUACACGCACGCCAAGCCACCUUACUCGUAUAUUUCUCUAAUUACCAUGGCCAUCCAACAGUCAACUAGCAAGAUGCUAACGCUGAGUGAGAUCUAUCAGUGGAUUAUGGACCUUUUCCCCUUCUACCGCCAGAACCAGCAGCGCUGGCAAAACUCAAUUCGCCACUCGCUUUCAUUUAAUGACUGUUUCGUGAAAGUUCCCAGGUCCCCGGAUAAGCCCGGGAAAGGCUCGUUUUGGACACUACAUCCAGACUCAGGAAACAUGUUCGAGAACGGCUGCUACUUGCGGAGACAAAAGCGGUUCAAGAUCGACAUGAAGAAACUCGGCAAAGAAUCCGGACGAAAGACUUCCGAGGGUGGAUCUAGCAGUUCAGAGAGUUGCAACGGUAACGAAUCUCCUCAUUCUAACUCGUCCCCCAACGAGCAUAAAAGGUCGCUGUCAGACAUGAAGUCAAGUCAGAGCUUGAGUCCAGAGCACGCGGCCUCGCCAACCUCACAGGCGCAUCACCUUCUCGCGCAACACCACUCUGUCCUGGCGCACGAGGCACACCUGAAGCCCGAGCAUCACUACUCGUUCAACCACCCGUUUUCCAUCAACAACCUUAUGUCGUCAGAGCAGCAGCAUCACAAAAUGGACCUUAAGACUUACGAGCAGGUUAUGCACUAUUCUGGCUACGGCUCUCCCAUGGCUGGAGCUCUGUCUAUGAGCUCUAUGGCGGGCAAAGCGGGUUUAGACUCUUCGGCCUUAGCCCCAGACACAUCAUACUACCAAGGUGUCUACUCCCGGCCUAUAAUGAACUCCACUUAAAAAUGAAACAAUGGUGUAAUGGACUCAUUCUUGUUAUUUGUACAUUUGUAAAAUACCCUGAUUUGUGCAUAGUGUGUCUCGGAUAUUUUGACGUUUCCUCACUGAUUUAGUUUGUGAAGUCUGAUUAGUGAUUAUUUUCAAAAAGGCUGUUUUUGGAAGAAAGUCCCGGACUUCGAUGCGGAUCAAACAGUUCGACUUCAAGGCAUUUGAAAUGAUAGGACUCUUGUUUGAGGAGACCUCUGAAAUUCAUUGUGUAAAUCCUUAUUUAUGGCUUGUAAAUGUGUAUUCUUGUAGUUGACCGCAAGAACAGAAACUAUAUUAAAGUGUUAUUUGGAUUUUUCUGA